GCUUGUUUACUGCAACUCACGGAUCUUACCAGUGCGUCACCACACACUUGUUUCUUUUAUAAAAAUAAAACUCUACUUUUUACCUCGUCCGCGUGCGUUUUUUGUACGCCAUUUUCUCUCCAGUCUCAACAUGAAAUCUCGCAAAACCCCAAUAAAGUCAGAGAAACAAAUGCCGAUACAUCAUUCAAUUUCGAGCUCUAAUAUUAGCAGAAGGAAGAAGACAUGGAAAAUAUCGGAAAAGCUCCGAGGUUUCUUCUUCUGAAAUCCUAGAUUCCUUACUAGAAGAAGCAAAUGCAGUGGAAUCUCCUAGGAAUCGUGCUCCGGUCUCACGCGAAGUCGUACAUUUGAAACCAUUCAAAAGUUCGAGAUUCUGCUUUUAAAACGUCAAAAAUAACUUUCCAGGAGAAGCAAGGCACCGUGAUUCAAGCUUUAUCUGAUGUGAACAUCGUAGUUUUGAUCUUAAAGAAGAAAACUCUUUCAGAAAAUCAAAGACUCUCGUUCUUAAACCUAGAUUUAUUACUAGAAGAAACAGAAAAAGAGAAAUCUCAACCUACUUGAAAAAGCAUCACAAUAUCUCUUUAUCUAUGAUAUUGAAGCCAUGACCUUCUUACCUGUUGGAACAAGACGGUGAAAGUUCACAAAAUUCAACUUUUGAUCUCCAUACAAGAAGGAUAUCGUGCGAGAUCAAUCGAAACCCUAAAUUUAUCUAUCUGAAACUCAUCCUUCUCAACAGGAGAACGGAAAUUGGAGAGAUAUAUGUGAAAAUUUGCUUUUGAAUUCGAGUUUUGCCGUCACCAGAAGAACAUGCUUUCUUCUGGUGAUCUGCAACUAUGGAGGGAGCCCGUCGCAAUUGCGUGCUUAUCAUUCUUUCUCUGGUUUUCUUCUCUGUUUUAGCAUUCAUAUCUGGACUAUCAGUGUUUCUGAUGAUCAAUUACUCCAUUACUGGACCAUCGCCUGUUUCUGCAGAAUGCAAGGUCCUGUCCAGCAGUGUGGAUCUCAGGUCAUCCAAGGUUUGUGAGCUUGGUCCACUCAAUUACAGAAACAAGAAUGUGUUGUAUCCUAAAGAAAGGCCAAGACAUAAGUGUCACUACGAUUAUUACUGGGCUUCAGUUUUUCAGGUUGAAUAUAGACCAUAUCAAUCAGGAAGAACACUCCAAGCAUUGGCAGAGGCCCCUAAGGAAGCUCUUCCUCUUAACUGCAGACCCAAUUUUAGCAGUGCAUGGCUGACGAAGAAUCAGUUCAAGGUGAAUGAAACCUAUGCUUGCAAGUACACUCCCGGUGCUUCUAAAGUUGACAUAUAUGGCGAUGGUUUGUUUAAUUGUCACAGGGAAGAUCCAUCUGCCUUCGAGCUGAUGAGGAGAUUCUACAAUCUGUGAGUAAAGCCUGCAUGCUCAUUAUGUCAUUUUA